GGUUUUUUAAUGCGUGAUGACGUUUAAAUUCCUCGACUCCUGUAGUUUUAUUACUGGAUGAUGUAUUGGUAUUUUUGUCGUGAAAUCAAUCGUGAAAUUAUAUUUAGCUUGUGAUCAUUAUCUCAGACAUUUAACCAUAAACUCGUCUAAAACCCCACUGAAUUCGCGACAGUGGAAGAGGAAAUAACUCUUUUUGGCCUACAAAACUACGUCAAGAAUGCCGCACGCUCUUGGGGGGUUUGUGGCGUCACACGGGUAAAAUCAUUUGCAUAUGACACCAAUACAACCAUAUCAUUGCAUCGUUGUCACGCCCACUCCCACUGUUAUACAGUCGUUACGGAGCGAGCGGUUUUAUUGUUUAUAAUAACGAUAAGAUUGUAAUGCAUUUACAUUGCAAUGCCAACCAAACGUUGUGCUAUUCCUGGCUGUGAAAGGAGAACGUCCUUGCAUAGGCUUCCAAAGGAUCCUGACGACAGGAAUACAUGGAUUCAGUUCAUUUUUAAAGCAAGUCGUAGUUACGUCAGUCCUGACUUGCGGGUUUGUUCAUUGCAUUUCACCAUCGAUUGUUUUAAAAACAAAUCGCAACACGAUGCUGGAUUUGCCCAAAAACUUCUGCUUAAGGAGAGGGCUAUACCGACUAUUUUGGAGCCCAUAAGAAUCCCUCAGACUGAGGAGGCAGGAGAAACACUGGGUGGUGGUAACAACAGGGGGUCAAUGUGGCUAUGUCCUUUAUGCCAAGACUGUCAACCAGAUCGUCAGAAUCUCUCAUUUCAUCUUACGGACAAACACAGCGUCCUCCCUGCUUGCCUUGAAAAGUUACUGGAUAUUGCUGCUCCCAAACAUGCUGAAGAUGAAGAACCCAAAGCCCAAAAUGAUGCAAAUGACACAACCCAACAGAAGCAUUUAGAAAACACAAAGUCGUCUUCUAUGGCUGCUGAAAAUGAGAGUGAAUCUACAGAUGCAGGUGACAAGGAUGACUCCACUCAGGACAAGGAGAUGAAUGAAGAGAUGGAGGGAGGAAAUCAUAUGGAGAGUGAUGCAGGAGGCUUGGAGUCAGAUCAGGACAAUGUGGAUCAAACUUCAAAAACGCCAGAGGUUUCUGUAAGCAGUGGCACAUCCGCUAAUACAAACAGCGUUGCCUCUGAAGUUAAUAACCGUCCAUUCAAGUGUAAUGCAUGUUUGGAGUCAUUUCCCACUAAAACUGCUUUGAGUGUUCAUUAUAAUUCAACCACCCAUAUACAGAGGAUGAGAACCGGGACAGCGAAUGAAAGUGACUCAGCCCCCUUUCUCGCUCGACCUUAUAUCUCCAACAAACCAUACCAGUGUACCGUCUGUCGUGUCUCGUACAGUCAUGCAAUCACUCUGGAAAGUCAUUUAAAGUCUGUGUUGCACCAAAGUCGCAGCAGAAGUGCUGGGAAUGCUACUGCAAGUUCUACUGCAAGUACAGGAAACGGAACUGUAGUUACAAACUUGGCUGCGACAACUGUUGGAAGCCCCACACAGUUAGUUAACGCCUCCACUAGCAACUGUGUCACCCAAGCAAACCUGUCUACAUCAGCAGUAACGACCAAAGAUGGAGAGCAGGUGCAGCCUCAGUCAGUACUUUCUUCUCCGGUGGCCUCUGCACAAGCAAUGUCUGCUAUUCUGACUCUUUUGACUUCCAGCCCAAAUUCUCUCCCACACUCCAUUCUUCCUUCUCUCUUCACAACUGCGGCAUCUGCAACAUCUGGGGCUGCAUCUCCGCAGCUAAUACCCCAAACUCAGAUGAUCAUGCCCUUAGUGUUGAAUGGGGUGCAAACCCAAAUCCAUGGCCAGAAUCCUGACUCUUCAAACCAGCUUUUACAGCAGGCUGUGCCAGUUCUGGGUCUAAGUGCCGCACAACAGGCUCUCUUGGCCCAAAGAAUCAGUGGCUUACAAAGUCAGUGGGCUGCAUUUGGCGUCCCUACCACCACUAACACUCAGCUGAAUUUAGAAGAGACCAAUAAAGGUGUAGACAUGAAAGUAAAAAGUGAGAUAAAAGUUGAGCCUUCUGAUCAGCAGAUGUCACUAAAAACUGAAGAGGACUGGAAAAUUAAUGAUGUAAAAAAAGAGUUUUGUAAUAAUAAUGUCCUCAAACAAGAGUUGAAGAGUGACAAAAUGGUUGAUGGCACGAUGUGUGAUGAUAAAGAGCAAGAGGAAAGUGACAUGAAAGUUGAAACAGGUGAAAAGGGAGGUGAGAAAGAAUGUUCGAGCCCCAAAGGAAACGAAGUCUCUGCAUCUUCAGUCUGUCAGUUGUCAGGUGUUUCUGAUGCAAACCAUGAUAUCAGCCAUAAGCAUAAUGUUAACAGCUCUGGUCUUGUUAACUGCACCUUUCGUAACACUAACCUUGCCUUAAGAUCAGGCCAUCGGAGUGCUAAAGCUCAUCCGAUUUUGUCUUCAGGACGCCCUUUGCUCACAGAGUUCCAGUCUCAGGUUCUGUGGGCCUUUCUAGAGUCACGAGAUGAUGCCGCCACAUCUAGUCCUCAGCGGGAGGACUGUGAAGCCCUCGGCAGGGAGGUGGGUCUAACUGGUGAAGAGGUACGCAGAUGGUUCUUGGAUGCCUGGCAUGCCAAAGAUAGGGAGAGAUUAGAUGACUUUCACGAUGAGGGAGAUAGAAGUCUGGACGAUGAAGAAGGUAAUUUAAUGAUAGAUGAGAGUGAAGAUGGAGAAAGCCUAUCAGCUACAGGCCAGGCAAUUGACUUAUCCAGCAGUGCAGAAAGACACAGAGAAAUAACUGGUAAAGGAAGCCCAAGAGAAUUGCUGUUGACAUCUGACUCUGAAAAUGAAGAAUUGUACACCUCCUUUAUUGUGACUGAUGAGGAGAGUCAAAGUAGCUCUUUGAGGGAAGAGUCAGGUAGUCCAGUCAAACAGUCUUCACAGGUAGAGACAACGGUUGAAAAAGCCAGUUGUGGUGGAAAGGUUCUUCGCUCGACCACAGUCUUUCUGUCUGAUGCAGAAGAUGAGUAUGAUGAUGAAUCAAGUGCAAAGAGAAGAAAAAGAAAAAGUGAGAUUGACAAAGAAGAGGUGGACAUCAAACGAGAGAAACAAGAUAUAGAUCUGGAUCUUCAAUUGGAGGAACAAGCAGACCCUCCAACUCCUCUUACAAUUGCAGUCGAUCAUCAAGGUGUUCCAACUGGGAUUUUGCAGUCAUUGCCCCUCUCCCUCUCGUUGGCGCCGCUUUCUACCCAGUUAUACAACCCAUAUGUUCUUUCACUUCCUUCAUCAGUUAUUGGGGUUGGUGUUUCAGAAGGAGAUCGGGGUAAAGUGACAGCCUUUACAAAUACUAGAAGUCCAGCAGCACUUUCUGACCCUCUUAAUGCAUCUGCCACCAGCUCCCUUACACACUCCUUUCUAUCUAAUGGAAAUGAUGGUGAGUCUGCUUUGGACCUUAGCAUUGGGAAAAACCACAGCUCUACGGUGUCGUCAUCUUUAUCUACAGCUAACAAAGUCUCUGUUCAGAAAAGUAAUUUGCUUGAUGGCCUGGGUCUGAGGCCAACAACGGUUGGUGUUCCUGCAGAUGGAGGUCUUUUUGUUGUUCAGGUGAAGCCAGAGUCUGCCAUGGCAAUCCCAUGUUCCAAUAACAGUACUAUUAAUAAUCGCAAUAAUUUGGCAAAGACUAGCACUGUGUACAUGAGGGCAGCAGAGAAAGUUAGCACAUCGCUCAUGGAGAGAGAAAAAGACAAGGAACAAGAAAAAGACCAAGAUCAGAAGAGGCCGAAAGUACGGCGAUUUAGGGACAUGAGACGGUCCAGGACCAUCAUCCAUGCUGACCAGCUGGAUAUUCUCUAUGGAUGUUAUUUUAAAGAUCCAAAUCCAGGAAAGCAUGAAUUUGAACAAAUAUCGGAGUGGGUUAACCUUCCAAAGAAAGUGGUUCAGAUCUGGUUUCAGAACAUGAGAGCUAGGGAGCGAAAGGGAGAGGUACGGUUUAUCAGUGAUGGCACUUUGGCGGCUGUUGGGAAACCACUAAUUAAGUUCACUUGGCCACUCUCUAAACCCAUAUUCUCAUCCCCACCUAAACCUAACACAAACCCAUCUACUAUCUUGGUCUCUGCAAAACCCCAAACUGGAAAUGUACCUACAAAGAUGGAUAAGGUGAAAGAGAUCAAGGAGCCCACGAAAACCCCCACUCAAGGUCCAAGUAGACCAAAUGAGACACCCUCCUUCACUGUUGUGUCUACCAGCCCUUCAGCACACAAGACCAAAGCAGAAGCAACUCCUAUUACAAUGGUUAAAAUAGCUCCAAAAGCAGUGUCCACGCCAGUUGCAGUUCCUCUCUUAGUCAGUGGGACAUCUCGAUCUGCUCAGAAAAGGAAGGUCGAGUCGGACCACACAGAUGACGAUGAUCCCGAUUACCAAGUAGGAUCUAAGUCAGGGAGUCGCAUGGUGCCAAAAUUGUCUACUACGCCAAUUAACAAAUCUUCUGCCUUGGCAUCGCAGAAACACAAUGGGGUCAAAUACUGGUCUCAAAAAGGUCCAUUCAAAAUAAACACUCUUACAAGAGAACAGUUAGGCCUAAGCUCCCAACGGCCUACGCCUACAUCUGCACCUGCCCCUACACCUACCACCACGCCAUCCCCUGUGACGGUUUCACCAAUCUCUGGUCAAAACCAAAAAGAAAUAAGUUACAUGCAGAACUUCACCCCAAGACGACCUAGAACUCACCUGAAUGGUCUUCAGCUGUCCAUCCUCCAGUCGUGCUAUGAGACGUGUGCUCAUCCUAAUGCAAUGGAGUGUGAGGCAGUGGGGACAGAGCUUGGGCUUCCACUAAAGGUUGUGCAGAUCUGGUUCCAAAAUACACGUGCCAAGGAGAAACGCUGGAGACUGCAACAAGAAAAGAUGUCUCCUAAUCCCAGUGACCCCUCUAAGAAGAUAGACAUCAGCUCGGGUAGCUACCUACAAUACAAUGCCCUCCGAGCCAAUCGGCCCAUCCUGCCCAAACCUGUACAGCUGACAGUUGUGGAAUCUUCAUCAUUUAACGUCAACCAGUCAGUGGGCCGUGAGACUUUGAGAGGCAAGUGCGACGCCUGUAAGGUUGAAUUUGAAUCCAGGGCUGCAGCACGUGACCAUGUCUUCUCCCCUCGGCAUCUUGCCACACUGAAAACCACUAACUUUGGUCAGCUAGCAUCGUUGGUCAGCAAUGGAUCUGGUACAGGGUCUACUGGUUUUGCUAGCCAGUCUUCUUCCCCAUCACCAGCUAGCAACUCCAGCUAAAGAAUGAAUUGAAGCUGGUGCAGUUUGCGGACCCACUAGACUUGUUGGCUUUCAAUAGACAGAAGAUGGGUGCUGAUCUUUUAAGCUAAUGUUUUUUUUCGAGGCUCUAAGAAUGAAUUGGGCCCAGAUGACUGUGGCCAUCUUCACUUUCUCCUUGGAUAUCAGCAAGACAUUAUUAUGUAGAGUCUUUGCUUACAGGGCUCCUUUUAUUGACCUAUUGCCACAGCAUAAUUUCACUAUAAAUAAUCUACUGAAAUGGUAAUCAUGAACAUGCUAAUGCUUAUGUGACUAUGGUCCAUCUUUCACAACUCAUCUCAGUUUAAACUCCUGUUAUGUUGGGUAAUAAUGUACUCGCAUUUACCACACAACACUUUAUUCGAUUGGGAGAUUCUAUAGCACCCAAAAACUCAACCAAAGUGCUCUACGUUGUCAAUUAUGUAUCUGGUACUGCGUUUGCUUGAGCCAGGGUGGUCUUUAACCUGUUUUAAGCUUAUGUAGAGGAGUUGUUUCUAAGCUGAUUUUUCUUGAGUCAUCUUAAAUCUUAAAGAAUUUUAUUCUGUUUUCAAAAGAUAAUAACGUUCAGUUGAAAGAAAUCUCUAGACUGUAACAGUUUAUAGUAAUGAAAUACUAUGGAUUGCAAAUAUGGCAGAGAACGUUUGUUGAAUAUUGAGAAUUUAAAAGAUUAAAACGGGGAGGUUGGUAACAAUAUAAAAGCUAUUUUUUAAAUCGAACCAUCACGACAAUCCUAUAUUCAUCAGCAGAGCUCUAUUUAAAAGAUAAAGAUGUCAGAUGGUCAUUAUGCAGCACUUUGACCCUUUUAAAGUCUCAAACAUGUUUUUUUUUAAGGUUUUCUUGUUCCGCAAAUUUGUUGUAUGGUAACAUUUUACUCUGCAUCAAAUUAUAGUCAAGUAUUAAUCAGCAUUUCAUCUUAUUUUUUAAGGAUUAGCGUUGCACAUAGUUAAAGAUGGGCAAACAAUAAUCAGACAUAGCUGCUGUGCAAGAAGCCAAAGUAUGUGCUUUCCAAAUUUUAUAUGAACUUGUGGAACAUUGAAAUUGUAAACCGUUAUACGCUCUGGUCAAAAACCUUAAAUUUGUUAGGGAAUAACCCAUGUUGUCAAUUGACAAACACAAAAUCCCUUUAUUUAUGGUAAAAGCAAAAUGAUUUUAAAACUAUGGGAGAAAGUUGUCAUUUUUUUCUUGUUUUUUCAUUAAGCAUUUUGUGUUGCAAACCAGAUAAACCCACCAGGAGAGAACUAUUCAUCAGGUCAACAGGAGGUGAUUGGAAGGACAUGAAAUACUAAAGAUGAUUUUACUUUUUUUGUAUAUUACUUUUAUUGAUACUAUUAAUACUUUAACAAAAUGCUAAACUAAAAAAGAUUUUUUUAACGAACUAUAUUAAGAAAAUGAUAUUCCAAAGUUAUUCUUUCUCUUGCUUUGUCUCAUUAAAGAAACCAAAAAGCAAUCUUGAUUGGAAGUGUUCAUAUUGCAAAUCGUAAAGGAACUCUUUUGCCUUGACACUUUGAAGCUAGUCCAGGAUUUAAGCAUGAGCUACGGAUAAUUGCAUUUCACACAACUUGGAACACUUGAAGACUUUUUUGCAGUAUAUUUCAGCAAAUAAAAUUGUUUUUUGUUACGUUUAUUGUCAAGUUGUAGCUCAUAUUAAAUGAACAUGGACUGGGUUGUAGUGCAGUGCAUGAUGUGGGAUCACGCGGUGUUGCACUGUUCAGAGUAUAUAGGUAGAAUAUGGAGAAAUGCUUUUUAUAUUAUCUUUACUUUUCAUUGACACUUCAUUAUCACUUGUUAUAACUGUACUACUUACUAUUUUUUCAGUACUCUCAUCACUGUUUUGAUUAUUAUUGAUUCAUAACGAUUUUAUAAUGGCAUCUUUGAUUUAGAGAUGUUAUUGAUAUGAAUAUUGAACGAUAAUGUUGGCAGUCUUGUUAUGAAAAUUUAGAAAACUGAUUAAGCUUGUUUUCCCCUCAUUUGUACCUUCAUUUUGUGAUGGUUCACCUUAUUUCUUAUGCAGAAAACAAAUAAACUUAAGUUCAUGUA